AUGUCAGCAUCGCCUGACGCUAAGGAGACAAGACCGAGUUCUGCAGCUCCACCUACAUCAAGUGUUUCCAGUGCAAACAGACGUGACAGUAGCCCACCGCCUGACUCUGCUGUUGCUGUAUUACAAUCUUAUGGCUAUACACUGGGAGAGUCUCUUGGCAAAGGUUCUUAUGCCGUCGUUAAAGCAGCGUACUCACAAAAACACAAAAAACGAGUUGCAAUUAAAAUUGUUUCAAAAAGACGAGCACCUGAAGAUUAUCUGACAAAAUUCCUCCCUCGUGAAAUUCAAGUAAUGAAACGACUUCGACAUCCAAACUGUGUAUGUCUUUAUGAAGCAAUUGAAACGAGUUCUCGUAUUUAUCUCGUCAUGGACAUGGCUGACAACGGGGAUUUAUUGGAAUAUAUAAGAUCUAAAGGAGCUCUAUCUGAGGAAAAAGCAAGAGAUUUCUUCAGACAAUUGAUUGAUGCAACAUCUUACAUGCAUGAAAGAGAUAUCGUACAUCGCGAUUUGAAAUGUGAAAACUUGCUUCUUACUCAACUCAAUGCAAUCAUGAUCUCUGAUUUUGGUUUUUCGAGAAUUCAAGCAAAAAUCCCAGAGACACAGAAAAGGAAACUAAGUCGUACAUUUUGUGGAUCCUAUGCUUAUGCACCACCAGAGAUCUUGCGUGGUAUUGCUUAUGAUGGAACGAUGGCAGAUAUCUGGAGUCUUGGUGUGGUCUUAUUCACAAUGGUAUGUGCAAGUCUGCCUUUUGAUGAUAGUAAUCUGAAAAUUCUCCUGGAUCAAGUGUCUAAGAGAGUACAGUUUCCGCGAAAACGUGGAGCAUUAUUGUCGGUUGAAGUCAAGAACCUGAUUGGACGAAUGCUUACGAGUGACGUCAAUGAUCGUAUUGAUAUUGAAGGGAUAAGGAAUGACCCGUGGUACAAGAAUAAUAAAGCAAGUGCUGUGUCCAUUUCUGAAGUUGAACCAUGUACUACAUCUACACACACCAACAGUCAAGACGACGCUGAAAGCACUCAAGCCGAGAAGGAGAAAACGAAAGACACAGUACAAAUCACUGAGGAUACUGCUUCUGUUCCUGUUGAAAAGAUGGCGACACGGUCUAGCACGCGAAGGAAGGCGAAGGAAACCGAGCAACCCACGAAACUACACGAACUUCCAUCCUCAAGUGAACGACAAGAUGUGCGCAUUACGAUUGAAAAUGAAUGA